GGAGGAAGAAGAAGAAGACGAAGAAGAAGAAGAAGAAGAAGAACUUCCUGGAUUCCCUAUGUCUCCAAAAAUGGCGGACACGUGUAGCCAAGUUUUGCUGGGGACAGGGCUCACCGUCCUCUCCCACCCUCUGAUGUACAUCAAGGUCCUGAUUCAGGUGGGACAUGAGCCGCUCCCUCCCACCCUGGGAAGGAACCUCUUUGGCAGACAGGUCUACCAACUGCCUGGAUUGUUUGCUUAUGCAAAGCACAUCAUUAAGAUUGAUGGAAAAGUGGGUCUCCUCAAAGGACUUGGUCCAAGGCUUUGUGCUGGCACCAUCGGUACCGUGGUCCACAGCAGAGUUGUGCAGAAAUGUCAGGAACAAGGAACACGUCAGGUACUGGGUGGUCAGCAGAAGGCUGUGGAGGGCUCUCUACAGUACAUUGUUAAUGAGACAACCAAAGAGAUGAUAGCUCGUUCCUGUGCCACCAUUGUUACACAUCCCUUUCAUGUGAUUACUUUGCGGUGUAUGGUCCAGUUUAUUGGGAGAGAAACGAAGUACAGCGGGGUGUUUGACUCCAUCUUUACAGUGUACAGAGAAGAAGGCAUCCUGGGCUUCUUCGCUGGUUUGAUCCCUCGCCUGCUUGGUGACAUCUUGUCUUUGUGGAUUUGUAACCUGCUGGCUCACCUCAUCAAUACAUAUGCCAUUGAUGACUCGAUGAGUCACACUGGAGAAAUCAAGAACUGCUCUCAGGCUGUGACUGGGUUCUUUGCCAGUAUGAUCACAUACCCUUUUGUUUUGGUGUCAAACCUCAUGGCUGUCAAUAACUGCGGGCUCGCUGGAGGCCUGCCACCCUAUGCAUCAGUAUAUCCCACCUGGGUGGAUUGCUGGAGGCAUCUAAGCAGAGAGGGCAACAUGAGCAGAGGCAAUAGUUUAUUUUUCCGGAAGCUUCCAUCAGGAAAGAUGUACGCAGUUGACCAGAAGAGAUUUUUUUAAAGCAGAGAAAACCGAGCUGAACAAAGUUGUAAUAAUAAAACAAAAAAAAAUCCACAUUGCCUGAUCUGGGGGUUGGACAGUCAGUACAUAAUCUUUUUUUGUAUUGACUUGUUUACUGUUUUUUUCCUCUUAUUAACCUGCCAUCAUGUAAAAUAAAAGCGCAUUAGUUUCCAGUUAAUUUCCAGCAGGUUUUAUUCACAGAAGAGAUGGAUCAUCAAUGCAUUUCUUUUUUAUAAAACCCCAGGUAUGAAAAGUGAUAGGACGAUGGCUCUGCUCUGACGGAGCCAUGUGAAAGCAUCCCCCACCACCACCACAAUCAGGUUUUUUCCAUUCAGAUUAUUUGUUGACUCCUUCACCCACGUGAUGGGAUUUUUUGAGAACAGCACUUCAGUAUGCAUGUGGUAAUGUCUAGUAACGCAUAUUAAUUAUCAAGUGGGACCUCUUGGUGUGUGGUAUUGUAUUGAUGUGUUAAUUAUUGUAAAAGGAGGGAAAAGAGUCAGAGGUGGUGCUUGUUGAGAAGCAUGCAUGGAUAUGCUAAGGCACAGCAGUUGGCCUGACCUUACCAAGCUCUCUAGGCACUGGGAACAGUCAAGGGCUGGUAUCAGCUCAUUCUGACUGAUCCAAAUAAAAAAAAUUGUUUUUCUCA